GUCAACUUUUUGAUCCACCUGCGCCUUGCAUUCGCCCGUGCGGAGAAAAAGAUUUCUUUGCCUUCGCCGAUCCGCCACCACUACCACCACCACCGCAUGAGAGUAAAGACCCAGAACUCUUCUGCAACAGACGACUCUGCUUCAACAACUCACCAGCGAGUCCUUGUAUCAAAUCAAUAAAAUCCCAGAAUGCCUGCUCCCACAGCGCUACAGCGCGCUCCGGAAGCGCUGGCUGACACCGAAGCGCACGACAACUCUGCACUGCAAAACACUGUCGACGAGAAUCUCGAUAUUGAAAUUGUCACAGAGCCACAAAGCACAGACGCCCUUCAAUCUAUAGACGACACGAAUAUGCAGAUAGACGAAGAAGGAAGACCUCGGUUUGCGCCCGCCUCAGAAACAGACUCACCCACAUCCGUACGAAUACAGUCGAGAAAAGUCCCCAUCCCUCCACACCGCAUGUCGCCCUUGAAAGCGAACUGGCCCAAAAUUUACCCUCCGCUCGUCGAACACUUGAAACUGCAAGUACGAAUGAAUAUCAAGUCUAAAGCCGUUGAACUACGGACGUCAAAAGCCACUACCGACGGAGGCGCACUCCAGAAAGGAGCGGAUUUCGUACUGGCUUUCACCUUGGGCUUCGAUGUGGAUGACGCCAUUGCUUUGUUGCGACUGGAUGAUUUGUAUAUCGAGACAUUCGAGAUUAAAGACGUCAAGACUCUCCACGGUGAGCAUCUGGGACGAGCAAUCGGUCGAAUAGCCGGAAAAGAUGGAAAGACCAAAUUUGCCAUUGAGAACACGAGUAAAACGAGAGUGGUGUUGGCGGACAGCAAGAUCCAUAUUCUCGGAGGGUUCCAGAACAUCAGGAUAGCGAGAGAAGCAGUUGUCAGUUUGAUUUUGGGUGCUCCGCCUGGAAAAGUGUAUGGCAACUUGAGAACGGUAGCCAGCCGGAUGAAGGAAAGAUUUUGAGUUGCAGCGCAUGAAGCAUGUUUUACGACUGGGCACGGCCAAGGGAAGAUCUUAUGUCGGCGUUGAAUAAAUUAUUCCACUGCAGCAGGAGUUAGGUGGCUCCUUUGGGCUUUCAUGUGAGAUGCAGAGUCUUU